GGGGGCCGCACCGCCUGGCAGUGCUCGUGCCCUUCCGCGAGCGCUUCGAGGAGCUGCUGGCCUUCGUACCCUACAUGCACCGCUUCCUCAGCAAGAAGAGGAUCCGCCACCACAUCCUGGUGCUCAACCAGGUGGACCACUUCAGGUUUAACAGAGCGUCGCUGAUCAACGUGGGCUUCCUGGAGAGUGGCAAUGACACGGACUACAUCGCCAUGCACGACGUCGACCUGCUGCCCCUCAACGAGCAGCUGGACUAUGGCUUCCCCGAGGCCGGGCCCUUCCAUGUGGCAUCCCCAGAGCUGCACCCGCUGUACCACUACAAAACCUACGUGGGAGGGAUCCUGCUGCUCACCAAGCAGCAUUAUGAGAUGUGCAAUGGCAUGUCCAACCGCUUCUGGGGCUGGGGACGGGAGGACGAUGAGUUUUAUCGACGCAUCAAAGGAGCUGGUCUCCAGGUUCACCGUCCCUCCGGAAUCACAACUGGGUAUGAGACAUUCCAGCACCUUCACGAUCCAGCCUGGAGGAAGAGAGACCAGAAGCGCAUUGCUGCACAGAAGCAGGAGCAGUUUAAGGUGGAUCGGGAGGGAGGUCUGAACAACGUGAGAUACCGGAUUGAGUCACGGACUGCUCUGACUGUGGCAGGAGCCCCCUGCACUGUCCUUAACAUCUUGUUGGACUGCGACAUGAGUGAGACACCGUGGUGCACGUUUGGCUGAGCUGUGUCUCAUGCGCCAGCAUGUGCUGUGCUCAUGUCAAGACGCCAGGGCUGCGCCGAGCUGCUUUGGAGCAAGGCAGAGUUUUGCAGCAGGCCAGCACGGUGCUGCUGGCAGGACCCAGAGGAGCAGAAAGGGCUGAGUGCUUGAAUUUGCUGGGAUCAGCAGAAGAGGCCAAGAGCAGGACUCCAUGGCAUUGCUGUGAGUGAUGCUGCUGUCUCCCAGGGCAGGUGCAGGAGGUGUUUUUCCUGUGCUGGGUAUGGCUGAGCUGCCACCCAGUUCAGAGGACAAUAAAGAACUAUCAAGGCA